CACACUCAAGAUGGCGACGUCUUCCUCCUACUAAGUUCGUACGUAAUACGAUGCGUCAGUCGUGCGUGAGGUUGUGUUGACAGGAGCGGUAGGAGUUGUCAGCGGAACAGCAGCAGCCCGCAGCCAGCAUCAUCGGAGCUGAAUGGAGUAAUCACACCGAUAUUAUUCCAGACAGCGUCUCUGUUAUUACUUAGAAGCAUUGUUUACACCGUUCAAACAACGACACCAUGGCAGACGACCAGUCCUCUCAGUCCUGGACGAUCGACAGGGAUGACUACGAACUCAAUGAGGUGAUAGGGAGCGGAGCCACUGCAGUCGUCCAGGCAGCAUACUGCAAGCCCAGAAAGGAGAAGGUGGCCAUCAAACGCAUCAACCUGGAAAAGUGUCAAACAAGCAUGGAUGAGCUCCUGAAAGAGAUCCAGGCUAUGAGCCAGUGCCACCACCCGAACAUUGUGUCUUAUUAUACCUCCUUUGUGGUGAAGGAUGAACUGUGGCUGGUGAUGAAGCUGCUCAGCGGUGGCUCGGUGUUGGACAUCAUCAAGCACAUCAUCUCUCGUGGCGAGCACAAGUCCGGAGUGUUGGACGAGGCCAGCAUCGCCAGCAUCCUGAAAGAGGUCUUGGAGGGGCUGGAGUACCUUCACAAAAACGGGCAGAUCCAUCGGGAUCUAAAGGCUGGAAACAUUCUUCUCGGGGAUGAUGGCUCGGUGCAAAUUGCCGACUUUGGUGUGAGUGCCUUUCUUUCCGCGGGAGGAGACAUGACUAGGAACAAGGUUCGGAAGACAUUUGUGGGAACCCCGUGCUGGAUGGCUCCGGAGGUCAUGGAGCAGGUCCGCGGCUAUGACUUCAAAGCUGACAUCUGGAGUUUUGGGAUAACGGCCAUUGAACUGGCCACUGGUGCUGCACCGUAUCACAAAUACCCACCCAUGAAGGUACUGAUGCUGACUUUGCAGAACGACCCUCCCUGUCUGGAGACGGGCAUCACAGACAAGGAGAUGGUGAAGAAGUAUGGCAAGUCCUUCAGGAAGAUGCUCUCUCUGUGUUUACAGAAAGAUCCAGAAAAAAGGCCAACUGCAGCAGAGCUGCUGAAGCACAAGUUCUUCACAAAAGCCAAAAACAACGAGUACCUGCAGGAGAGGCUUCUACACAAAGGUCCAACAAUAACGGAGCGAUCCAAAAAGGUACGUCGUGUGCCCGGCUCGAGCGGCCGUCUCCACAAGACGGAGGACGGCAGUUGGGAGUGGAGCGACGAAGAGCUGGACGAGGAGAGCGAGGAGGGCAAAGCUGCUGUGGCAGCUCUGCGGUCCCCCAGAGUGAAGGACGGGUCCGACAAUAUGGAGCUUUUCCCACCAGUAGAUGGCUCCACACAACAUCUGCAGUCCCCCGGUGCUGCGAGCGAGAGCCCUGCGAAUGUGGGCCAGUCAGGAGAUGAUGCUGCGCCACAGGCUCCCGCUCAAACAGCAAGCCCUUCACAUCCCUCCACUGCUCAGGAACCAGCUGCAGCCAAUGCCAGUGUCCCCAUCAGCCUCGUCCUGAGACUGAGGAAUCCCAAGAAGGAACUCAAUGACAUCCGAUUUGAGUUCAUGUCGGGCAGAGAUUCUGCUGAUGGAGUUUCUCAGGAGUUGGUCUCAGCUGGUCUGGUUGAUGGGAGGGACUUAGUCAUUGUUGCUGCCAAUUUGCAAAAGAUUGUUGAUGAUCCUCAUAGUAACAAAAAUGUGACUUUUAAAUUGGCAUCCGGCGUGGAGGAGUCUGAAAUUCCCGAUGAUAUUAAACUCAUUGGAUUUGCGCAGCUCAGCAUCAGUUAAGUCAAGUAGAGCCACCAACGGAGGAUAGAAACUAAUGGUAUUGCACAGCUGCAUUGUAGUCAAUUCCAAGAAACCACUGCUGCCAAAGAGACGACGACGAGGAGGAAGAAGAGGAUGAGGAGACAGGAAGCUGGCAGGAGUGUGACACUACUGCAGGAUGCAUGAGGACCACAUUGAGAAGGGGCUCAGUUCAUAACAGGAAUCACACUUGAAAUGUUUACAGUGCGCUUAUACAGUAAAUGGGAGAAGAGAUGCAAUCAACUAUAUCAACUCCUUAUUUCUUUCUUCUUUUUUUUUUUUUCUUCUUCCCCCCCACUUCAUACAUGAGCACAAUCCAAACCAUCUCCUGCCAGUACUGGAAGUGAUUGCCUUUUGUUUUUUCUUAUUUUGUUUUUCUUAAAUCAACUGUGCCACAAAACUCACUCGAGUGUCGUGCUUACUUUAUAUGGCACUUUAUGCUACACUGAAAUUGAAAAGCCUUAGUUAGUCAAACUACAGAUAUUACAAGAGUCCAUCUGUGAUUACGAGGUGUGUUUUAUGUACGCCUAUCUGAAGAAAUCUCAGAAAAGCCCCUGUGACACUGAUACAAAUCACUUAGUGAAACACACUGUAGCAUAGUUUUAGUUUUGUAAUUCUGUACAUUCAGAUGGAUUUUUACGUAGAAUAUAAACAAAUUACCAGAUUCCUGUUGAAGGCAGCCCAAGGUGUGGUGGUUUUGUCAAAACAUAACCAAAGAGUUUAGGCUCUGAUUGAAAUACAACUGCUCUGUCCCAUAACUGCAGUAACGACACUUUGUCAGAUGGUUCCCGAGGUAUUCAAAGACAGGAUUAUUUUCACAGAUUGAUGCCUGCCUAAUAUUCUUGUACUAUGCAAUAGGUGUUUUCCUUUCACCGUGUGUGUGUGUGUGUGUGUGUGUGUGUGUGUGUGUGUGAGAGUGUGUGUGUGUGUGUGUGAGAGAGACCACUGAUUGCUAAUAUUAUUUCUCGGGUUGAAUAAAUCCACUUAUUGUGCUCGUACUAGAAGCUCAUGAAGCCACCCCAGCAGAUUUAGGAACCUGCAUUUAGCCCGUUACCCAUUACUACAGUUCAGGAAGGAUGCUGGCAAUGAGUGUCGAGCCUGGAGCUGCUGGUGUUACAGGUCAAUAAUGCAUGUACAAAAACUGAUAAUGUUCAACCAAAAGUGAAAUAUAUUCUAACCCUCCACCCAAAUUGCAAAGAAAUACACGCACACAAAAAACAUGUUUUGUCACUUGCCUCAAGUGGUAUUUAGCAGAUAGUUUAGUCUCAUUUGCCUCCAUUCUGACACAACAGAGGUGAACGGAAUGUUUGUGGCCAGUCUCACGUUAGUGACCAGACCGAAAUUCAAAAUAAUUAGUCACGCUCCUUAAAGGAUGAGUUGGUUUAAUUUGGUCGUAUGCAUGCAAAGCUAAUACCAUUUUCGUCAUCCUCGGCUGUACUUUGUGUUUAGCGCGAAUUAGCGAAUGUUAGCAUGCUAACAUGCUAAACGUAAGAUUUUGACCGCCCAAAAAAAACAUGCCCGCUAAACAUCAGCGUGUUGGCGUUGCCAUCGUGAACAUGUUGGCGUUGCCAUCGUGAACAUGUUGGCAAGCUGAGAUGAGCCUUUAGUUCAAAGCACUGCAGUGCCUCCAGACAGCCUCGCUGAGCUGCUAGCAUGGCUGUACACUCUUUGUUCAAUGCCUCGAGCAACAACAAACUACAUUGUGUUUACCUGCAUUGUAUCGAGGGACAGCAGGAAGCUUGAGAUGGUUCUCUCAAAACCUCAACAAAUAGAAACCCAAACUAUCUGCAUGUCCGGAUACCACUCCAGGUAAAUAUUUCAUAUUUUGGCUGAAGUAACCCUUUAAAUGUCUGCAGUGGCCAGUUAUUUCCUUAGUUUUUAUCAUAUAGGCAAGUUGUUGUGACAGUACUGUAGUCUCUCUCGCUUUAUUAACACUCCCCAACACCUCCCCGUCAUCACUCCCUGUGUAGCCGCUUGGUUUUGUACCACGUGCAAAGGGCUGCGAGAUGCCUCCUAGUUCCGGUACUGAUGUAAAUGGUGUAUGUAAAGAUGUUGUAAAUGUACGUAUGAUGGCAACUCCAUGCACUGUCACUCAAACAUCAUGAGGUUUGUCUGUAACGAUGUAGAUGCAUUGACUGUUUUAAGUGUCGGAUAAAAGGAUCAUUUCACUUGUAAAUAUAGCUCAAGGCAGAUUUAGACUCAUCACCUUCAGUACACAGAGUUUAACUUGUUUUGUAGUUUUUUCCACUGUUGGCCUUUGUCAGAGCAUCACUAGUCAUGCACAAAUGAUUUGUUCACUUAGCACCUUAUUGAUAUGUUAACAUGAGUAUUUACAUGGGGGCUUGAAAUCUUACACACUCUGCUUUUGAUGUCAUGACAUGCAGUUUUCUCACUGAAACCUGUACAAGGCUUAACGGACACAGUCAUUUUAAUUAGACGGGCGACGCAGGUCACACUUCUCUCUCCGUGUGUGUGUGUGUGGGGGGGGGGGGGGAAUUUGGUGAUACAAUUAUCGAUUAUCAAAGGCUUUGAGCUGAAAGGCAUUUAGAUUUUCUAAAUUACUUUACCCCUUUAUUGUUUACUCAUCAGAAAACCAAACAUUCUGCCUCUCAUGGAGUCCCUGAAUGAUUAGUAUUAAUUUAAUCAUUUAAUUGGCGAGUAAAUUCUUCUUUUUUUUACAGAUCAUUAUAUAUUUUUAAAAUAUCAUUGAUUUUGAAAUGUGUACAUCGAAUGCAUAAUUUGAAGUGGAAUAUUUGUGAUAAGAGAUUCCUUGACAUGUAUAGCUUAUUGGAAAAUGACAACAAAUGCAAAUGAUUUUAGUAGCUGAAUAAAGUCACAUGAUGGAAUUCAA